GACCGGGAUGUGGGCGUGGCACAAGCCUGCUAUAAAAGAAGCGGGCGUCCAAGCUCGUGCCGCUUUGCAGACGCUGUUGUCCCUUGUAGCUGCCCUCUGCCAACCAUGGUCAACCCCACCGUGUUCUUCGACAUCGCCGUCGAUGGCGAGCCCUUGGGCCGCGUCUCCUUCGAGCUGUUUGCAGACAAAGUGCCAAAGACAGCAGAAAACUUCCGUGCUCUGAGCACUGGAGAGAAAGGAUUUGGUUAUAAGGGUUCCUGCUUUCACAGAAUUAUCCCAGGAUUCAUGUGCCAGGGUGGUGACUUCACACGCCAUAAUGGCACUGGGGGCAAGUCCAUCUACGGGGAGAAGUUCGACGAUGAGAACUUCAUUCUGAAGCACACAGGCCCCGGCAUCCUGUCCAUGGCCAACGCCGGGCCCAACACCAACGGUUCCCAGUUUUUCAUCUGCACUGCCAAGACCGAGUGGUUGGAUGGCAAACACGUGGUCUUCGGGAAGGUGAAGGAGGGCAUGAACAUCGUGGAAGCCAUGGAGGGCUUUGGGUCCAGGAAUGGCAAGACCAGCAAGAAAAUCACCAUCGCCGACUGCGGACAGCUCUAAUGAUUUGACUUCCUUUGUGUCACCACCAGACCAUUCCUUCUAGCUCAGGAGAGCACCCUCUACCCCACCUGCUCGCAGUGUCCUGUCAUCAGUGCUCUCGCUGCAGCUCUUCGGGUUCCGUAUUUGCUCGUUCCCCUCCAAGUCUAGCUGGAUUGCAGAGUUAAGUUUAUGAUUAUGAAUAAAACCCAAGUAACAAGUG